CAUCUUGUGCUCCAAAUGUCACAGAAAGACUCUGAAAAUGAUAUAUGGGAUUAUAAACCGCUUCAGAAGAAAAAGAAGACCGAGGGAGCACUGUCUUCCGCGGCUAAGAAAAGAUGCACGUCCAAAAAAACAGCCCCCAAGAAGGACACCUCUCUUUCGGUCAGGAGAGGGAGGCCUGGGAAAGCAGCUGCAACUGGAGACUUCUGUGGCAACAUCAAUAAAGAGGAGCAUGGGACGUCAGAGGCACAGACUUUACCCUCACAGCCACCCAGUGGUGUGUCCAGCCCUGACCAUGCAGCAGAGGGAUCAUCCUGUGGAGGCUUCUGUCCCAUCUGUCAGAUGCCAUUCUCCAUUUUGGUGGUACAGUCUCAAAGAUGGCAUGUUGCUGAAUGUCUUGACACCCCCAGGGACACAAAUAAAGAAUGCCCUGAUGGUGUCCGGUGCUCCUCCACUAUUCCAAACCACUACAGGAGAUACAACCACACACUACUGGCCCACGGCCGAGCCACCAGUGACAUUGUCCUCCUCAGUCUGUCCCAGCAGGCAGAGACCAGCCUCGGUUGUCUCACAGAACUGAUCAACACUGAGGCGGAUAGCUCCGUAUUAGAGAGUUCACAGGACAGUGCUGUCAGUCUCUCUGCUUUGUCCAAUCCUAGUGCCUCCCCUGUCGAUAAUCACAGUGGUACGCCUCCUGCUAAACUGACAAAUGGGCUUAUGUUGCUGCGCUCCCCUGGCCCUGAGGAUUUUAAGAAAAAGAAAGGCUGGUUGUCCUCUGCUAAAGGACAGAAGUCUAUCAGUUCUUCCCAGGAAAGUAAAACAGAGCUGCCAUCAACUCCUGUAAAAGCAGACCGUGAAGACCAAGCCUCUGAAGGAGGUUUUGUCAAAACCGAGCAUUCUCCUUACAGUGAUGACUUAAUAUCGUAUUCCCCUCUCUCUGAGUUCCCUGCAGACAUUGAGGUCAAUGAUAUUGCUCUUAGUAAAGCUUGUCAUUCCUCUGAGGCUUUUGAAAAUAAGGAUGAAGACUCAUUAACACUAUUCAGUGAUGGUUUCUCAAGUGAAGAUGAGCUCUUCAGUGACUUUAUUGAUCACCUUGAACCCAACAAUGUGCAAUUGAAGGAACAAAAUACUUCAGCUUUCUCCGACACCCAGCUGGGCUCCGUUACCUCAUUAGCUCCUUGUAAUCAGCUAGAUACCCCUGCAGCUGCUGAAAACACAUCCACAAGUGAAAAAGACACACAUGAUAACUAUACCAGUGCUAACAGUCCCUGUAAGGCUAACUUUAAGUCUCCACAGAGCAUAGUUUUAGAACGCCUGCGAGAAACCCUUUUGAGUUCAAACAAUUUGCACUGCAGCAACUUAACUGACAGCAGUGCUCAGUCACAGCAGUCCCCAGAACUUCCUCAUCAAGUGCCUUCAGCUCAAACUGUUAUCCAGACAUCUUCAACCAUGGCCCCUCGCAAGGGCCAGAGCAAGGCAGGUCAGGCCUCCUGUCUCAAGCAGACGGAUAUUGGAGUGUUUUUUGGGCUGAAGCCCCUCAAAGAGAAAGUUCAAGAGGCUGAGAGUGGACCGAGUGAACUCAGCUCCACCGCUGGACCUACACCUGGUGAGAGUGUGCGACACAGAAGACAGAGGGGAGACAGGCAGAGGAAACCAAGGGCUGAGAGAACCACAGAUACCUCAAAUGACAAAGAGACUCCAGAUGUCAGUGAUGCUGUCGGUGCUCAGGGAGAAGGAGGGAGAGGUGGGACCAGACCAUGGAGAAGAAGAAGGUGGAACAGAGGGAAAACAGAUGGAGAACCAGAAGAACCACGCUGUCCAUUUUACAAAAAGAUUCCAGGAACCAAGUUCACUGUAGACGCCUUCCGUUAUGGAGAAAUUGAAGGCAUCUCUGCCUACUUCCUAACCCAUUUCCAUUCGGACCACUAUGGAGGGUUGAAAAAAAACUCUACCUUGCCCAUCUACUGUAACAAAAUCACAGGGAAUCUGGUGAAGAGCAAACUGAAGGUGGCGGAGCAGUAUGUCCACAUCCUGCCCAUGAACACCCCAGUCACUGUGGAAGGAGUCAGGGUCAUCCUGCUGGACGCCAACCAUUGUCCAGGAGCUGCCAUGCUGCUGUUCUUCCUGCCUGAUGGACAGACGGUCCUCCAUACAGGAGAUUUCAGAGCUGAUCCCUCAAUGGAAAGCUACCCUGAGUUGCUCAGCUGCAGGGUACAGACGCUCUACCUGGACACCACCUAUUGCAGCCCUGAGUACACGUUCCCCAGUCAGCAAGAGGUCAUCACCUUUGCAGCCAACACAACCUUUGAACUAGUGACGCUCAAACCACGGACCCUGGUGGUAUGUGGCUCCUACUCUGUGGGGAAAGAGAAGGUCUUUUUAGCAUUGGCAGAGUUGCUGGGAUCCAAAGUGUGCCUCUCACGGGACAAAUACAACACCAUGUGCUGUUUGGAGUCCGAGACAAUCAGACAACUUAUAACCACUGACUGGAAGGCAGCCCAGGUCCAUGUUCUGCCCAUGAUGCAGCUCAGCUUUAAUAAACUGCAAGCUCACCUGCACAGGUUCUCUGGACAGUAUGAGCAGCUGGUGGCCUUCAAGCCCACUGGCUGGACCUUCAGCCAGCAGCUGGAAUCUGUGGAAGACAUUCAGCCUCAGACAAGUGGCAACAUCUCCAUUUAUGGAAUCCCGUACAGUGAACACAGCAGCUUCCUGGAGAUGAAGCGGUUCGUCCAGUGGCUUCAACCUCUUAAGAUCAUCCCGACAGUCAACAAUGGCAGCUGGGCCAGCAGGAGGGCCAUGGAGAAGUGUUUCAGUGAGUGGCUUGCGGAAGCCAAAGCCAAACGUAAAUCUUAAACUUGACAGUGAAUUAGAUAUGCAUAUUUGCAUCCGGCCUUAUAAUUGUUUAUACUUGGUGUCUGUAGUAAGAAAAGAGAAAACACCUAUUCCGUUAGUAUUGACCUGUAUUACUUGUCAUUUUCACUGACAAAAGUUGAUUCAUUUAAUUGCUUUUACUGAGACUGUUUACAACUAGGACCACUGGGCUUUUCACCAAAGCAUUCCUGCACAGAGCAAGUAGACAUGAAUUCCAUCAGUCACUCUGCAGAGAAAGUUAAGGAAAUUGCUCUUUAUAACCAACUUAACUGAAAAGUUGUGUUUUUUCAAUAUUGGACUGAGCUGAGAUAACUGCUGACUCUGAAACCUACAGUAAUAAAGUACAGUUAUACAUGCAGCAUUUCUACGGUUAGAUCUGUUUGAUGGUGCAGAAUUAAAUGGACCCUCAGCUGUGCCUGCCGUGGCUACCUCUGUAUUUUUCUCAACAAUGUAAUAUAAUGUAUUUUAAUCUUAAUUUUAUGGGAAAUAAAUGUCUUUAGAUAUUUAAA